CCGAACUUCAACGUCGCGCUAUUUGUUUCUCGCAUUGCACCGUGAACACUAUAGAUCCUGCUUUCUCGUUUUGUACAUUCACUUGCUCUUUUCCUAUCUUUUCUUCUGUCCAUAGAACCCCACCAUCAUCGUCGGGCCCUCAUCUGUCUCCAAACUUGACAUCCUGCGCGAUUAUUCCCCACUCCAGCUCCGCGCCCUAUGAUAUCACGAUAACCAAAGCCUACGUCUGCUCACACUGAGCACAAUGGCCGUAUCCGAGAAGCCGACACACCAAAAGACACGGAUAGUAUCCGUUGUCGCAGCGACCGCCAUCGCUCUAGCCUGUGGAACGAAUUAUGCCUAUUCCGCAUGGGCACCGCAGUUUGCCGAGAAGCUCCAGCUCUCCACCACACAGAGCAACAUCAUCGGAACCGCCGGGAACAUGGGCAUGUAUGCUGCGGGCAUACCAGUAGGCAUGAUUACAGACAGGAAGAGCCCUCGUCUUGCUGCCCUCAUUGGGGUGUUCGCCCUAUUCGCGGGAUACUAUCCCAUUCGCAUCGCCUAUGAUGACGGAGCUGGCUCCAUGAGCGUAGCUAUCCUCUCUUUCUGCUCAUUUCUCAGUGGCGUGGGGAGUUGCUCUGCGUUUCAAGCCGCCAUGAAGGUGGCCACUCUCAACUGGCCAACCCACAGAGGCACGGCUACAGCAUUCCCUCUAGCCGCGUUUGGCUUGAGCGCCUUCUUCUAUACCUUCAUUGCCGGCAUAGCGUUUCCGGGAAACACUUCCAGUCUACUUGCGUUGCUCUCCUUUGGGACGUCAAUGGUCGUGUUGGCUGCGCUGCCCUUCCUCCACGUUGUCGACCACAAGACUGGUACAGGCUAUGCUGUUCUGCCCUCCAACGAGCGCACCCGACGCAAUUCCAACGUCCUGCAUCAAACCAGUUCUAACAGAAGCAAACACAGCAGCCGAUACAGCAGCUCUUCAAUACCCCAGCUGGAGCCCAACAAUGACGAACGGGAUGACGAUUCAGAUGAAACCUCCUCCCUCUUGUCUGGACCUGGCGAUAUACUUCCAGAGGACGAUGCAGCUAGUAGGCAUAGUAGGAAAUCGAAUCACUCACAUUGUUUAGAUGUUACUGGAUUGGCCUUGCUAUACAAGUUCGAGUUCUGGCAGAUCUGGGUCAUUAUGGGGCUGCUAACUGGGGUCGGAUUGAUGACCAUCAACAAUGUUGGGCAUGACGCGCAAGCACUAUGGAACCACUGGGAUCCCACCGCCAGCAAGGACUUCGUUGCUCACCGCCAACUCUGGCACGUCUCCAUCAUCUCGCUGGGCUCCUUCUCGGGGCGUUUAUUAUCCGGCAUUGGUUCCGAUGUCAUCGUGAAGCGACUGAGCGGGUCUCGCUUUUGGUGCGUCGUCGUAGCGGCUGCCGUAUUUCUGGUUGCCCAGAUCUGCGCGACGCGUAUCGAGAAUCCCAACCACUUGUGGGCGGUGUCAGGACUUUGUGGGCUGGCAUACGGCAUUCUCUUUGGCGUGCUUCCGGCCGUGGUAGUAGAUGCGUUCGGUCCUGACAAUUUCGCCGUCAACUGGGGCGUCAUGACGCUCGCACCCGUUGUGAGCGGAAACAUCUUCAACCUGUUCUACGGUGCGGUGUACGACUCGCACUCUGAAGUUCAGGCUGGUGGCGAGUUCAACUGCGACGAGGGCAUCGUAUGCUACAAGGCGGCGUACUACGUCACUUUGGUCUCGAGUGCGUUGGGCAUUGUGGCGUGCUUGUGGGCGAUACAGACUGAGUCGGUAAAGCGCAAGGCCGAAGAGCUCGAGGACCAUCGAGCGUGAUUUUUUUUCAGCUGUACAUACCAUUUGGGUCAGGUCAUAGAAAGGCAAGAUGUGUAUUUAGCGUUUACAUGUGAUAUCAACGUAUAGACUCCAAUGCAGAUUUGGUUACCCGGAG